AUGACUCCAGUUAGAUGUCACCCCGCUCCCCGAGCUCAGGUCUUGCUGAAUAAGGUCACCGCCCAGGGGGCAGUCGAUGAACACGCGCGCGAGGACUCUGCGAGUGGCCUUGUGACUUUGUCAACUCCGGGUGUCCCCGCCUUUCCGUCAGCGUCCGGUGCCUGGUCCUGGUCCCGGUCCCCGAGGCCCCGGGGAUUCUUCCCGAGCGUUUUCCGAGUCGGCGCGGGGGAUGGAGGCGGGGCCAUGGAGCGCGUCCCGGGGACCGCUGCAUCCGGAGGCGGCCGUCGUGCGGCUCCUUCCCGCCUCGAGAUGCCGCGGGACCCCGGCCACGUCGUGGAGCAGCUCAGCCGCUCGCUGCAGACCCUCAAGGACCGCCUGGAGAGCCUCGAGCACCAGCUCAGAGCAAACAUGUCCAAUGCUGGGCUGCCCGGCGACUUCCGCGAGGUGCUCCAGCGGCGGCUGGGGGAGCUGGAGAGGCAGCUUCUGCGCAAGGUGGCAGAGCUGGAGGACGAGAAGUCCCUGCUGCACAAUGAGACGUCUGCUCACCGGCAGAAGACCGAGAGCACCCUGAACGCGCUGCUGCAGAGGGUCACCGAGCUGGAGCGAGGCAACAGCGCCUUUAAGUCGCCAGAUGCGUUCAAGGUGUCCCUCCCGCUCCGCACCAACUACCUAUACGGCAAGAUCAAGAAGACGCUGCCCGAGCUGUACGCCUUCACCAUCUGCCUGUGGCUGCGGUCCAGCGCCUCGCCGGGCAUUGGCACCCCCUUCUCCUACGCGGUGCCGGGGCAGGCCAACGAGAUCGUGCUGAUCGAGUGGGGUAACAACCCCAUCGAGCUGCUCAUCAAUGACAAGGUUGCGCAGCUGCCCCUGUUUGUCAGUGAUGGCAAGUGGCACCACAUCUGUGUCACCUGGACGACACGGGAUGGCAUGUGGGAGGCGUUCCAGGAUGGAGAGAAGCUGGGCACUGGGGAGAACCUGGCUCCCUGGCACCCCAUCAAGCCUGGGGGAGUGCUGAUCCUUGGGCAAGAGCAGGACACCGUGGGGGGUAGGUUUGAUGCCACUCAGGCGUUUGUCGGGGAGCUCAGCCAGUUCAACAUAUGGGACCGCGUCCUUCGCGCACAAGAAAUUGUCAACAUCGCCAACUGCUCCACAAACAUGCCGGGCAACAUCAUCCCGUGGGUGGACAAUAACGUCGAUGUCUUCGGGGGGGCCUCCAAGUGGCCCGUGGAGACGUGCGAGGAGCGUCUCCUUGACUUGUAGCCGCCUUCUGCUCUGUCCAGGAGGCCGGGAUCAGGCUGUUGCCAUGGAAGUUCAGGGCCAUUGACUCCCCCACUUAAACUCUUGCCAGUCGGGGCUCAGGGUCGCCAGAGCUCAUUCCCCAGGAAUCUCUAAGACCAGGGCUAGGGCAGUGUCUGUCACUGGCUGAUUUGUUCCCUACCAAGAUUCUGUUGCUGUUUGAAGUAGUGCCGGGGUCCCCUGGGAAGAUGCCCCAAGCCACAAGUGGGCGGAUCUCUGCCCUCCUGCUACAAGUGGAGGCAGUUCCAGCAGCCCCUCUUCAGAGCCCAUGUAAAGCUAUCGCAGCCUGAGCCCUGUCGCCCUCCAGUUCCUUGGUGUCCCGUGCACCCCUUCUGUCUGUCCCCUUUCACGGCUGUGCAGCCAUCCCGCUGGAGUGGCUGUGUCCCUUGUGCAUUGAGUGCAUCCUCGUUGGUGACUAAACUCGCGGCAAGCGGCUGCCCCCCGAUCUGCAAAAGGGCCUCUCCCUUUGUGUUCCGUACAUUGUGAAUCUUCCCAUCUGAAGAACGCCCAGCCUGCCCAGACAAAGCCCUGCCCUCCCCAAAGCAGAGGGGCUGUCUGUGUCUCCGGAAAGGGGGCAUGGGGGGGCGGGGCUCAGAAAGGAGAAGGGCUGUGAUCUCCGGCCCCUUCCCUCAUCAUCUCUUCCUUAGACGGAUGCUUUGACUGAAUCAUCACUAGCUAUGGCAUUAAAAGGUCUCUCUUCUCAUCUGGUGCCAAAGGUUCCAUUGCAGCUUUUUACAACCAUCCGGUGUGGUUCGGAGGAUUUGUUUUUUGUUUUUUUUCCCCGACAGAAAAGAACAGCCAUUAGAAGAAGGCUCCCAUUUUCUGAUGUUCCGCCCACUGUGAAGAGUGUGCUUGUUUUAAAUUCAUGUUGAUUCCUGUAAGCAGUGGACUGUCUUCAUCAACUAUUUCCCUACAGAACUCCUCAAGAAAACAGAGAUCAUUUGCCUGGAGACUGGCUGAGUGACUCCAAGCUACUCACUGUAUUGGACAGGAGUAGUCAUUUAUUUUAAAGAUAAAGUGACAAAGUGGGGAAAUUUAUAAAGCUAAAUAUUAUAUAUUUUAUUUUUCAUAACAUGUUUGAAGUGCAAAUCUGUGGAUAUUCCAUUUGUAGGACCAAGUCGACAUGCCCAUCCUGACAUUGUAUGCUACGAGAACUCUUCUGAUGACGGAAUUUCGAUUAAAGUGCACUGAAAGAUG